AUGUCAAAACAUUGUGAUAUAUGUUUAAAGAAUUUUGAAAAUGAAUCUGCCUUCAAAAGUCACCUUACAGGCAAGAAACAUUUAAAAUUUGAACAAAAUUUGGUAAACUCAAUUGUUAUUAAACCAUUACCAAAAUUUAUUAGUGGUUGUAAACUUCUUAAGUUUCUUAAUCAAUAUGGUACAAUCAAAUGGCAUCGAUUUUAUAGCAACCACCUUUUAGUUGAGUUUUAUGAAAGGACUGCUGCAGAAAUUUUAUUGAAUAAACAAGUUUCGAUAAAUGAUGUGGAACUGAAUGUAGAAAAAAGAAAAGUUCCUAAUAUAUUUUUUAAUUAUAAAUAUUUUAUUAUAGAGUUAGUAAAUAUGAAAUUAGUAAAUACAAGUUCUAUAGAUUAUCAAAAUAUAAAACAUAUAUUUGAAGAAAAAUGUACAUUUGAUGAACAGUUAAUAAUGUUUUUAAAUACUGUACAACUUACUGAUGUUGAAAUAGAAACAAGAUAUGAAUCUACUUGUAUAGAAUUAGAUAAAAUAUUUAAAGUGAUAUUUCCAAAUUGUAGAAUAUAUAGAUUUGGGUCAACUCAAACAGGAUUAGGUUUUAAAGAAUGUGAUUUAGAUAUAUAUAUGGACAGUGGUACACCAAUAAAUAAUAUUAGAAGUACAGCAAAAGCACAGAGGAUGAAUAUAACUUUUAACAGAGUGAAAAAUCUUAUGCGUCGAAUGAAUCACGUUUUUUCUAACGUAAUAUCAAUUCCAAAAGCUAAGACUCCUAUUAUAAAAUUUAAUUAUAGUAAAAGAAAUAUUUCUUGUGAUAUUUCAUUCAAGAAUAGUUUGGGCCUAUAUAAAAGUCAUUUAAUGAAAUAUUAUGCGUCUUUUGACAAGAGACUAAAACCAUUAAUGAUGCUUAUCAAAUAUUGGGCAAGACAAUUACAAAUUUCACAUGGACAGAAAAUAUGUAAUUAUGCUUUAAUGUUGUUAAUUAUUUUUUAUUUACAACAGCCAUUUAUUAAUAUUAUCCCUUCUUUGUCAACACUUCGAAGUACAUGUCAACCACAAAUUACAAAUGGGUGGCAAGUUAACUUUGAUGAAUAUUCAGUAUUAUUACCAACUACAAAUGAAAAUAGUAUUCCACAACUUCUUUAUGGUUUCUUCUUUUUUUAUGCUACUUUCGAAUUUAAAUCACAAGUAAUAUGUCCAAUAGAUGGAAUAAGUCACACUAAAUCAGAAUUUAAUGAAAUAGAAAAUUUACCACCUUGUAUGAAUAUAUAUAAAGCAACAGUAAAAGAAAAUGAAGAACUUAAAUUAAAUAUCAGUAAGCCAAUGUGUGUUCAAGAUCCUAUAGAGUUAAACCAUAAUGUUACAAUGGUCACAUCAGUUUCUACAUUAAAAUCUUUUGUGGGAUACUGUGCAAUCAGUGCAGAAAUUUGUGCAGCAGCUAGUAAAGAUAAUUAUAAAGAUCUACUAAACACUUUGUUCACCAUAAAUAUAAAAAACAAAAAGGAAGGUAAUAUUACAAUUUCUGCAAAUCAAUUACAAUGUGUCAAUAAAUCAAGUAGUAUGGAAGUAUGUGCUGACCCUAUGAAAGAAAUUAAAUUUUUGGAAAAUGACUGGUAUACUACUGUUUUUAACUUAGUAAAAGAUAUUUUUGAGAAAGUUUUUAUGAUACAAGUUAAAAUACUUACAGCUGAAAUUGGGGCAGAGAAGCAAAAAGUCGAAAUACUAUCAAAUAUACAUAUAGAAAGACAACACAAAAUUAUACUUCAUUGUAUUGGAUUUCAUUGUGUAUGGCAUAAAAGAAAAACACAGUCCAAUUUAAAUCCUAGUUUAAGUAUGUUGCAAAAAGAAAUUCUUAUAUCAGAACAAAUAAUAGAAAAUCGUAAUAAAAAAGAAGAAGUAAACAGAAUAAAUUUAGAAUUUAUAUGUGUAUUUAAAAAAAUACAUCCUUUAAAAGUUAGUUUAACUCUAUAUAAUAAGAAUGGUGAUAAUAAUGUUUUUUUUCAAUUUAUAUGUUUUGCUAAAUGUAAGUUACCUGUAAUAAUACAACAGACAUUCAUGCACAUUCAACAAUUUGGCAAAUAUUAA